UGUUUGGCUUUCCUCCAACCACACAGCCAUCGCCAAGAUUCCUCGGAUGAAAACUUGUCUUCUGCAGCCGCCAUAUGCUGAAGACAUUACACGCUUUGUGUGUGUGGAGUAAAAGUCUAAAGGAGGGGCAGAAAACGCGAAGGGCGACGACUUUGGAAGGUUACGUACACGUUAGCGCCAUGUUUUCACACUUUUCCCGGAAUAGGUGUUCAUUUGUCUGGCGGUGAUCGUGUGUGGUAAUGUCCGCAGGGGCCGAAGGUCAAGCGCAAACAUGGUGUGGAGGAAAUGGUUCCGUCUUAAUCUUGGACAGAUGAGCCUUCGAAAAAAGCUGCCUCACGAACAGCCUUGGAAAAACAACCGUCACGUCAUGAGUCUUCAGGAACCCAACGGGUUUUCUCCGGCAUCCAGCCAACGGGCGUCCCCCACCUGGGCAACUACCUGGGCGCCCUGGAGAACUGGGUGUCCCUCCAGGACCGCUACCCAUCGGUGUUGUACAGUGUGGUGGACCUCCAUGCCAUAACGCAACCCCAGGAUCCCCAGGCGCUCAGGGCCAACACACUAGACAUGGUGGCCAGCCUGCUGGCAUGCGGCGUCGACCCACAAAAGGCUAUCCUCUUCUGCCAGUCACAGGUGCCCGAGCACGCUGAACUGUCAUGGAUCCUCGGAUGCCUGACCAGCAUGCCGCGGCUGCGACACCUGCCACAGUGGAAGAUGAAGAGCAACCAGAGGAAUGAAGGCAGCGUGGGUCUGUACACAUAUCCUGUCCUCCAGGCUGCGGAUAUUCUUCUUUACAAGUCCACGCAUGUGCCCGUCGGCGAGGACCAGAUCCAGCAUCUGGAGCUGGCCCAGGACCUGGCUCGAAUCUUCAACAAACGCUUCGGCGAUGGCUUCUUCCCACAACCCCAAGCUUUGCUGAGCUCCACCCGAAAGGUCAAAUCCCUGCGCGACCCUUCGUCCAAAAUGUCCAAAUCAGACACACAGACCAUGGCGACCAUUUACAUCACAGACUCUCCAGAUGACAUCGCCCUGAAAAUCCGCCGCGCUGUCACCGACUUCACCUCGGAGGUGACGUACCAUCCGGAGACGAGGCCUGGGGUGUCCAACCUGGUCAGCAUCCAUGCCGCUGCCGCCGACAUAGAUGUGGAUGAGGCCGUGUCAAGGGCCCGAGGUUUGGACACGGCGGCAUACAAGAAUGUGGUGGCCGAAGUGGUGGUCCAAAGGCUAGGGCCCAUUCGGGAGCGGUUUGAGCAGCUCAGGGCCGAACAUUCCCACCUACAGGCCGUGUUGGACAAGGGGCGGCGAAAAGCAAGAGAGUUGGCCACGCCCGUGCUACAGGAAGUUAGAAGAUUGGUCGGAUUCUGUUGAUGGGCGGAUUUGCAACCGGACACUGCCCAAUUGAAUUGAAAUCACAGGUUUACAUCCUGCUGACAAGUUUUAAAACAUUUUUCUAUUUAUUCCGACUGGAUCAUCGUGAAAACAAAAAAUACAAACAAUAUAGAGACAUUUUUUUACCUGUGCUGUUGAGGGUCCAGUUUGUCAUUAAAAAAAAAAAUCCAAUAAUGCAGAGUCAGUUCCAAAGACUGCUUUUCUAUUUAUCAAGGAUGGAUUGUGAUUAUACAAAUACACAUUGUGAAAUAUUAAUCAUUUUUUCCCAAGACAUUUUUAACUUAAAAGGUCUGCCCCACACUCUGCUGGCAAUCACGAAAGACUUGGAACAGGUCCAUUUUUCUAUUUGAUCACAUCAUAGUUUAUUUACGCCUCAAUUUUUUUUUUCUGUUUGGACUGUAUCAUGAUUACAAGCCAUGAUAUUUAAAUAUUAAACUGUCAUAUAAAUAUUUUGUAAUUUUAUUGCAUGUUUUUUUUUUUUUUUCGGUUACGAGAACUCAUUAUGGUUAGGUUCUGUUGACUGGCAAUUUAGAAUUUUUUUUUUUUUUUUUUUUUUUUUAAAUUGUUGAACCCAUACUGAAAUAUCAAACAUUUUAAAAUUGAAAUGUACUCCAUUUUAGAUUCCUCUGCAUUUUGAGAUAGCAUAGCGUGUUGGUUGUCUGUUUUUAAAGAAUUGAUUUGUAAGAGUAUGUUAAUACAUGAAAUGGGUAUUAUACCAAAAUAUAUAUGAAAAAGAUAUACAAGUUAGUCUAAUUAUGCAAACUGUUUUCAUCAUGUAAAAAAAAAUUACAAUUGUUUUUUUUAAUGUGUUAAAAAGAAUGGGCCAUGGUGAUUCUUUGAUAUACAACAUUUUUCCAAUUGGACAAAUACUACAGGUUAAAAAUGUACAACUACAAAAAAUUAACGUUUUGAUAUAAAAACAUACAAAAUAAGACCCCAAUUAACCAACUCCGGGAAAGUGGACACGACACUGCAGAGAUAGGUGUUUCUAAUCAUGCAUAUAAACAAAGAAACAUUUGAGAAAGGAAUCCUGAUUUAAAUUAUAACAAUUUGUACACGAUUUGAUUUAAAAACAUAAUUCACUACACACAAGCACACACUGCUUCGCACACUUUUCAGUAACAACAGCCUAAAAAAUGUUUUUCACUUCUUAAAAUAUAUGAAAGGACCUAAAAUCCAAAAAAAAAAAAAAAAACACCUUUGGUCUCCCCUUUUUGAAGUACAGUAAUGUAUUUUAUAUUGGUUUCUAAUUUAGACAAUAUGUGCUAGAGUGCUUUAUGCACACUCUUAAGAACGCAACAAAUAUAACUAAAAACUGCAUUUUCUCCACUUGUUUACUUCAAAAUGGUUACAUUACUCCACUAAAUAAUUUUGAUGAAGUAUAAGUCUUGGUGUGUGUAUGCGUGUCGGUGUGUGUGAGGGGAGGGUGUGUGACGAAGAUCUCCUUGCGUGGCGCACGCUCGUGCGUGUUUUACAACCCUAAUUGAUGUUUUUUCCACGCUUGAGUUAUUGCAGGGGUCACUCGGGGUCAACGACUAAUUGAAUACUGAAAGCAGAUAGUCCACGCAUGCGCACCAUGUGCAGAUGAAAAGCAACAAAGGCAAUCUAAAAAAAAUAAAUGUUGGAAAUAAGGGGAAAAAAUAUCAGGCCUAAAAAAACUACAUUUGACAUUUUUUACUGUAAAAAAUGUUUCCAUAUUUUAAAAAAAUAUAAAUUGUGUAACUGUAUAUAUUGAUACACUACAUGUCAUAAUGUCAUACAUAAAUGUGUCCUUCUCAUAAUAAAGCGCAUGUUUAAUCUUGCAGGCUAUACGUGUUUUGCAGGUGAAGCACGUGUAAAGAGCCGCAAAAAACAUUUUUUGGACGUGCCUGGUAAAUAGCGAAUAAUUCCAAAUUUAACAACAUUAAGCACA